CUCAAGACUCAGAUGUGGCAGCUGUUAAAGGGGCACACUCACCUACAGGAGGAGUUCUCCCUCUUCUUCGACCAACUGAGACCACCACCCAGCCGCAUGGAGGACUUCGAGGUGAUGAACUGGACCGAGGACAAGGAAUAUACGUUUGAUGGGUUUGAAGAAGUGACGAUUCCGGAGAUAGAGGAGGAGGAGGAGCAGAGUAAAGUGUCCGCACCGCAGAGGAGUAAGCGAAGGAAAGACGCCAGUCAUGGGCCGGAUAAGGAUGCUGAUUGGCCAGACGGGGGGAAGGAGUGUCCAUGUUCAUGUCAUGAUGGGGGCGCAGAGCAGAGGAUGAAGCGCUGUAAGAGGAGGUUGUGUGCUCAGUGCACUAGUAAGGGUUGUGACCAUCGUUCCCAGAGAUCCGUGGACGUGGGGGCAUCCACAAUGAAGGACACAGGAGAUAACAGGCUGCUACUUCCUAAGAGCUCUGACGACCGGCCCAGUCCAGGGGCCCGGGGUCCCCCAAGCAGCAGUGUGUCAGGACAGAGACCUCGCUCUGGGGCAUACACAGGCAAAGUGAGGCACCAGGCCAGAGGGGGCCCCAUCCCGGGGAGGCAGGAGACUGCACUCAGGAAAGCUUGUGGUGGUCGAGAAGAUGCAAAGCUGCCCCAGCCCCUCUAGGGUGGACAUUAGAGAGGAGCCCGAUGCUCCAGGACCGCCUCCUCUGUGUUCUCCCUCCACAACUUCCUCUGUACUCCAUUUAAAUCCCGCCCCCGAGGACCCAUCCAUCCUCCAGAGCACAGUACGAGAGGAGC